UUGCCCUCCCCGAGAGAGCCCACCUCGCCGCCGAUCCACAAACCUUUGGGUCGCAGUACCAGCGUUCGCAGUAACAACGCCAACCUUCACAGCAGCGGCUACAGAGGCUCUGGUCCCCCGAGCACUAGUGUCACUCGGAGUUACAGUGCCCGAAAUCGCUCCAACGAAGAGGCAGGAUUUCGUGCCGAGACCUCCUCUGUCCAACGCAGCAAGAGCGUAAACGUCCACGGUUCUGGCGGUCUUCGUCGUUCUGGUUCAUUGAGCCAAAGAUACGCUGGCGACAUGUCUCAUCGACCUCUCGACAUGCUUAAGAAGGAGCAGCGUGCAGCGGACCGCUCCCCGCAUCUCCGGACUCGCAAGAAUGGUCCCAUGACCGAUACAAUCGACGGGCUUGACACCAUUGGCGGUGUCUAUCAUCACGGCGGUCCGUAUGACGCCACCUUGGCGUCUCGCAAUCGCAACAAGAUGUACGCCCCCGUUGAGGCCGUGAAGGAAUCCAACAUGGAGGCUCUGAAAGCUACGCCACAUGAAUACGUCCAGGAUUCACUGAGCAAGCAUGUUCCCUUGCAAGGAACCGGCACUAUUCCUGCCGGCGCCAGUGACAUGCGCGGCAAUGUUAUGAACUAUGAGGAAGGUGCUGAUCUGAUGCGCGAGCCCGAUGCGCAGGGCGGUGCUUACAAGCGCUGGGACGGAGUUCGGUACCACCCUGAUGAUCUUAAGGGAAAGGGUGAGCCUUCGUACACGUACGAGAAAGAUCUUAAGGAGAAGAAGCGUAUGCGCAAGGCAUCCCUGGGCAACAGCCCUUCCGAAUACGAGAUGCGUGCCGGCACCAAUGGCCAGUCACGCAAAGACAAUGGGGCCAUGGUACGCCAGCGAAGUGUGAGCAACGCCGCCGACGGAAGACCCGGACCGUCGGAAAUGCCCGCAGGUCAGUCGAACAGCGCCGACCUUCAACGUCACAACAGCACCGGCAAGCGUCUCAGCGAAGGCCUGAAGAAACGCUUCGGAAGCAUCCGUCGCAAGCACCAUGCAGCGGCCUAG